GAGAAGAAGAAAUCUUUAGCCUGUCACGGCCGCUUCUUGGCGGUCAAAAGCUGCAGUUUUUUCCACUUUGAUUCUUUGCAACAAAGAAAACCAAAAAAUAAUGCCGACAACCACACCGGCUGACCCGGGUUCUACUUCAACCGCUCGGAAGUUUUCCUCUCGCACUGUGCCUGCAAGCAAGUUUGCCUCCCCCCGCGGAUGCAGUUUGGUGCGCACUUCGCCUCGCCGCGAAAGCAAUCCGGCCGGGAGAAGAGCUGCUGGUGCGACCGCAACCACGUCAAAAGAUGACCGUCCCAUGACACCGCCAUCGAGACAGCGGACGCGAACCGCACGGAGCAAUUUCAUGUCGCCCAUUGGAAAUUUUCGCAGACCGGAACAACUGGUCGCAGAACAACAGCAACCUGCGAGGGUUAGCAGAAAUGAAAACGGAAUGGUGCAAAUGCAACAGCCCCAGCUGCAAACGUCGGACAAGGAAAACGUCAAGCCGCAGUUGUUGCGGGGGAAUCAGUAUCAGAGCGAACAUGGAAACGCGACGAAUUCUGCGUCGGCACACAAGCCGCCUCUUGCGAGCAGGAAAAGAUCAGUGGGACCCGCGGUGGUAGUAGUGGCUGCGGGUUCAUCGUCGACCACGACACGCUGUAAUCCCUUUAAUAUUCAAAAAGUUGUCCCAGGAGAAGUGCAAGGUGGGACGAAAGGUCGGGCUACGGUGGCGGCAAUGGGGGGGAGCAGCAGAGCGACGUCGUCUGCCAGGUAUAGUUUUGAUUGAAGAUGUAUGAGCAAUCUGUAGUAGUCAGGCUAUGAAAUUCUUUCAGUAGAAGGACUGGUCUCCCUGCAGAAACCAGAAAAGUAUGACUUAGAAAGGUAUGACUUGACGAAAUAGUCGUGAAAUUAUUUGCAAGUUUCGGUCUGCAACUGCUGCAAGCCCUCGGUGAGCACUCACAUAAAGAAAAAAACUGAAACUCGGUACUAAUCGUGCAACAAGUUUAAAUUUUCGUGCCAUCGAAACACCGUCCGGUCGCGCCUUUCGUCCCGCAUUGAUAUACGAUUCUUGAUUCACGCAGUCUAUUGAUUCUCUUUUUUGUGUGCCGCAAAUUGACAGGCAACACUAGCCAAAACCCAUCCACCCCUAUUCGCAUUUUUUGCCGCCUCAAUACAUACCCCAGGAUUUUCAAGUAAGUAAGUUUGUUCAUCCGAACAAAUUGAUCGUUCGAAAUUUCGUUUUUGAUGUACAUUAGUACUUGUGCGUCUCGUUUACCUACACUAGUUAGUUAGCGUUUACUCCAAGUUGAGGUUUCCCCUGUAUAUUCAGGAUUCUUGCCAACAUCCAUGUCUUGGUGCUGUGUGAAUGAAAGUAUUGCCCCGCCUUUCCUGAUCAUGCUUGUACGACCAUAAAGAACAAAGCCUAAAUUACCUCCUUCAAUGCAGGGGCCGCAGCGCUGCAAUGGCAGAGACGAACCCGGGUCGUGGUGAUCCAGCCGCCUCAUGGGGGUUGCGGGAGAGCAACCAGGACCCCGCUGCCGUCAGCCGCAAGGACCGCAAGCCCACAUGGGACAACAAGAUCCCCAAGCACCAGAGCAUGCUCAGUGGCGGCGCGCCGACGGCGAGGCCGUCCGUCUGGGAACAGGUGCCGAGAAACAGUGCCGGGGAGGAGAAAUUAUCGUCUUCACCAACUACUGAGCAGCAGCCGCGUAGUUCUUUCUCAGAGGCUACGAGGGCCUCUGGAAUAGAACAGCACGUAAACAAAAGAUCACUGCCGGCGCGUAAGAGUCGCGAAAUCGGGCGCCCGGAUUUGGCGGCCGUAAGCAGGGCAUCUGGGGCUGCACUAGGAGAUGGGCGAGACGAAUUUUCUGAAGCACGACAGAGAGAUCAUCAGCAUCAGGACACGGCACCCGGGACAAUCGGGAUUUCGCGCCCAACGACCGCUGCCUCGCCGUCUUCGCUCGGCGCACAGACCAGUUCGCAGGACACCAUUGCGAUCUCGAAUGCAAGCGGUUCUCCGAACGCGUCACCGCCCGGUGGGGGUAAUCAACCUGUCGGCUUCCUUGUGCAACAGAAAACAAGGCUGCAAAUGGCUCAGCCACCGCAGAACCAAGCCACCGCGAAAUUUUUACAAAUGCGCCUUGCAAACACAGCCGGGCCGUUGGGAACGAGCGCCGGGCCGCUGUUGCAGACGGGCGGAGGCGCAGCUGGUGGGGUCGUCGGGUCUUCACUAGCUACGGCCCAACCUCAGAAGAUGUCCAGCAGCGGGCCAGGUGCGGGUGGUGCUAAUAGUACGCAGCCUGGAUCUACUACUCAGCCUGCCGCACAGGUAGUCGUGGCUCCUUCUAAGCCCCCUCUGUUGUCUCCACGCGCCGCUUUUCUCCAGCAGCCACGCUCGUUGCUGCAGCCACAGAUGACGACGUUUCAGCCCCAACAGCGCGUGGUAGAACCGCAGUCCUCACAGAGCCCCCCUAAUCAUGCGGGCGCAAUGGUCCUGAAGCCAGUCACGACCUCGCUAGGAGUUGGACCGCUUGCGAAGUUGCAGGGCGCGGUGCGCUUGUUUCAGCAGCUUCCGAAGGCGUCUGUUGGGACGGAAUCAACAUCGCUACCAACUACACAGGACCAGAAAGUAGUUGAGGACCACAAAAAUACAACUAUCCCGGUUGCGAGCACGCCGGUGCGAGACCUGACGAAGUCAACAACUGCCGCGGGGACGCCGAAGGUCGCAGCGAUUGAUUCGAAGUCACCGACCGCGUUGAUGAAUGCUGCCGUAAGUAGUCCGAGUACAACAACCGCAACGACGAACAACACGAAAGAAACAACAGGCCAUGGAACUACUUCCUCUGUGUUGAAAGCCACGAAGCAUCUUUCCAUCGUGGAGCCUACUACCGCAACUACGCUGUCCGGUGCAGACUCGUCCCCGUCUCCUCUGCGCAGUCCGACAAUGGUGGCGUCUUCAACUACAAAGGGAAAUAGUAACACCGUAGAUGCUGUGGAUGUUAGCGCUGAGAACAAAGAGCGUGAGGUAGUACUGCUGCAGCCAGUUCCGCGGUCGCGCCGAAAUAGACGGAAUAAGGCCGCGGGUAGUUCUAGCGAAGUAAGGAGUCAGUCUGUCGCGGCGGCUUCGCCUGGUGCGAACGCCGAUAGUCAAGCAGUCUCCUCUCCGAUAGAACCCGACGCCGUGAUGAUAGACCAGCAGAAAGUUACCGCGGCGAACGCAAAUAGACAGACAAUUAGGACCACGAGUGCAAAAUCUUCGAGCGGAGGUAGCAAUAAAAUCUUGACGAUGUUGAAACCAGGAGCCACUGAAACUUCUACCAAGCCAGACGCUUUGUCCGGUUCGGUGGGCGCGGUAGCAGCGUCGAAUAAAGCCAAAACUAGUCUUCUCGCCUCCUCCGAGAGACUGAUAGUAAAAAACCUACCUUCAUCUUCGCAGCAAGACGACCUCUCCGGCAGAACUGCAGCGACUGCGAGCUCGACACCGCCAACGAGUUCGAGCAAAACCACGAAGCCGAACCAGCUGCGGAUGUCCUCGCCGGUAUUGAAAACCACGGGUGACAUUGCCGCCAGGCCGGCGAAAAGAGCCGCUUCUCCGGAGAUCCCGGUGAACAAGGAACAGGAGAAUAACAUCACAUCAACGUCGCCCGAAGUAGAACUACAACCGAAGUUCCGCGGUCGGCCGGUCCCCUGCUACGGCAAGUACCGCCCGGCGGCGCGCGCCUACGGCGGCUCGGCGGUGGUUGGGGAACGCUUGUGGAUCUAUGGCGGCACGCACGACACGAACGCCGGGGUCAUCCCCUUUGAAGAUUUGUGGGAACUGCAUUUGACCACUCAACAGUGGACGCAGCACAAGCACCCGCCCAACACCUACCCCGGGCCGCUGUGCAAGCACAGCAUGGUGUCCUGGAAGCACUACUUGGUCCUCUUCGGUGGGUGGAACGGGUUCCGCCGGUGUAACGCUGUGUGGUUUUACGACACGAAGAGACACAUUUGGGAGGAGGUGGUGAACAAGAACCCGGGCCGGUACCACCAGGACGACGCCACGUGGCCGCCGCCGCACACCAGCCACGCGGUCACGCUGGUCGACCAGGAUGUCUUGAUGGUCGUUGGCAGGGGGGAAACCGGGACCCAUCGGAAGUACGGCUCGGACAUAGAUUUUUUCGACUGUCACAACCGGGUCUGGAUGCUCGGCGGGGCGCGGUUCGACGCGCGCGCGGGCCACAGCCUGACGCAGUUGGCGAACGGACAGGUGCUGAUGUUCGGCGGAAGGAAAGACAAAAGUAUCCAGUUCUUCAAGUUCCCCGACUACUGUCCCCACCCAGACGCGGUGACGCAGGCGGGCUUCAUCGAGCCUUCCUCGGUGAAAUUGCACGUCCCGACUAUGGAGCCGGUCGCGCCGCCGUGGGGGCGGAGCUUCCACGGGAUGGUCACCUUGGUCCCCGCGCAUUUGCAUCUACUCCACGGCGGGUUUCUAGAGUCCUCGCACAUCACCGGGAGAUGCUUAUUCGACGCCACGCGGCAGAUCGCAAUCUACAACGAGGUGACCCAAUCCUGGUACGAGCUCGCGCCGGACGGUGGGAAGCAAGACCACAAGACCAUGUUCUUCAAGGCGAACGAGAACAACACCGGGAAUAAUGGUCAUGCCGGAGGUUGUUCUUCUUCUCCGCAAGACGACCCGAACUUGGACUACCUCCAGGACGUUUUACUGCUCCCCCCGCGGGCCGGCCACGCCCUGCAAGUAAUCCCGCACCCCACGCAGGAGCGGAUCAUGCGCGUGGUGCUGUUCGCGGGCACGCACUGCGGUGUGAAUUUCAACGACGUGUGGUUUUUGGAUUUGGAGAUCGCGGCGAUGAGCGAGGCGGUGUUGCGGAAGAAGAAUAGCAAGCGCAAUGAUUUGCUGUCGAGUUCGAAAGGCGAGUUGUUUGACGUGAAACAGCACUACUUGAACAAGGCGAAAUCGAUGGACCCCGAGCACUUCACCAUGGCGCUGAAGGAGCAGAAGCGGGUGGAGCAAGUGAAAAACGCGCUGGCGCGCCGGGAGGAGGCCAACCGGGAAAGGAUACAGCGGAACAGCGAGCGGGACAAAAAGUCGCUGGAAAUGCGGGAACAGCAGGGCUACGUCAUCCCCUACGGAUUGAAAAACGCUGUGGGGAACGGGAAUAACAAUAACGGAGGUCCUGUGCAGCCAUCGCCCGGGAUGACCAGAUCAAAGUCACCAAAUAAUCUGCGAGGAGGUGGAGGACCUGGUAGUGCGCAGUACCAGUUCCGGCCGCAAGCAAGAUGUGGAGCUAAUAACGGUGCAGCAGUAGUAGACGUGUAGAAUUUUGAGUCAUGCUCGUCCUAAGCGGGGUUCGUGGAACAGCGGUGCAAGUUGAACUUUCUCACACAGUCUUUUUUGCUCCACUCAUCACUCGAGCACGGAGCUGAUUUUUUUUGAGAAUUCAGAAUCAUUUUUUUGCACACAGUGCUGUAAACGAAUCAUGCCAAAGCAAUAGGACCUGGACCGAAGAAGAACAACACGGAAAACUCAACUCGCAUGUCGGAAGAAACAAUGUAGACACUUUGCACACUGUUUGCGGUUCCGCAAUUCCUUUUGUCUUGUACCGAUUG